AGCAAACGGCUUGCUCUUAUAAAAUGUCUGAACAAAGCCCAACUCCUGGGCACAUUUUACAGAAUAUAUGUGAUCACUUGAUCUUGUCUAACCAUUCUGGACUAAAGACAGAAUCAGUAGCAAAGGAAAUGAAGCUGACUGCCGAGGAGCAGGGGAAUAAAGUGCAGUGGGCAGCUCUGCUGAUACUCCUGGUGAUAAUACCAACCAUCGGUGGGAACAUCCUUGUUAUUCUGGCUGUGUCACUGGAGAAAAGGCUGCAGCAUGCUACCAACUACUUUCUAAUGUCCUUGGCGGUGGCUGAUUUGCUGGUUGGAGUGUUUGUGAUGCCGAUUGCCCUCUUGACAAUCAUGUUUGAGGCUAUAUGGCCCCUCCCACUGGUCCUGUGUCCUGCUUGGUUAUUCCUUGAUGUUCUCUUUUCAACUGCCUCCAUCAUGCAUCUCUGUGCCAUUUCAGUGGAUCGAUACAUAGCCAUCAAAAAGCCAAUCCAGGCCAAUCAGUGCAAUUCCCGGGCUACUACAUUCAUCAAGAUUACAGUGGUAUGGUUAAUUUCAAUAGGCAUCGCCAUCCCAGUCCCUAUCAAAGGGAUAGAGAAUGAUACGACUAACCCAGACAACGUCACCUGUGAGCUGAAGAAGGAACGUUUUGGCAAUUUCAUGCUCUUUGGCUCACUGGCUGCUUUCUUUGCACCUCUUGCGAUCAUGAUAGUCACCUACUUUCUCACUAUUCACGCCUUACGAAAGAAAGCUUACUUGGUCAAAAACAAGCCACCUCAACGCCUAACAUUGUGGACUGUGUCCACAGUAUUCCAAAGAGAAGAAUCAUCCUUUUCAUCGCCUGAAAAAGUUGCAAUGCUGGACAGUGCUCACAAGGAUAAAACUCUACCUAACUCAAGUGAUGAAACUCUUAUGCGAAGAAUGUCCUCAGUUGGAAAAAAAUCAGCCCAAACCAUUUCUAAUGAACAGAGAGCCUCAAAGGUCCUUGGAAUUGUUUUUUUCCUCUUUCUGCUUAUGUGGUGCCCCUUUUUUAUUACAAACAUAACAUUAGCUUUGUGUGAUUCCUGCAACCAGACUACUCUUGAAAUGCUCCUGGAGGUAUUUGUGUGGAUAGGCUACAUUUCCUCAGGAGUGAAUCCUUUGAUCUACACCCUCUUCAAUAAGACAUUUCGGAAAGCAUUUUGCAGGUACAUCACCUGCAAUUACCAGGCCACAAAGUCAGUAAAAGCACUUAGAAAAUGUUCCAGUACAAUCUACUUUGGGAAUUCAAUGGUAGAAAACUCUAAAUUUUUCACAAAACAUGGAAUUCGAAAUGGGAUCAAUCCUGCCCUGUACCAGAGCCCAAUGAGGCUCCGAAGUUCAACCAUACAGUCUUCAUCAAUCAUUCUGCUAGACACACUUCUCCUCACUGAAAAUGAUGGUGACAAAACUGAAGAGCAAGUCAGCUAUAUGUAGCAGAACGGGCAAUCACCGGCUAAUUCGAGUUAAGGCGGAUGGGCAGGAUGCAAGUGCACCAAGACAAUGCAUAGAAUAAAUCAUCAUCUCCUGAAAGCGGGAGUUAAUACUAAGGUUGUUCAAUUUCCUUAUCUAAACAAAGUCAAAACAUGGACAAAGUAGUUUUAUAUGGCUAUGAACAAAAGC